GUGUAAUUGGUUAUAUAUUACAUUGUAAUUUCUUAUUUCACAAAUUCAUAGUGCUAGAAUUUGUAUAAGUAGGACCUUUAUUUCCUAACAGAAAAUGGCCGGCCGUCCCUUCCCACCCCCAAAACUCGUCGUCCGACCUUCUUAAUCCCAUAAACUCCGGCCGCGCAAGGGUUUCUCAAUCCCCGAAACUCCGGCCGCAAGUCAGGUUCUGCUCACCACUAAGGAAUUCCGGCCAACAGCAGAAAUCAACGAGAUUGGGUCAAAAGUGGGGUUGCUAUGCGGAUUGUGGUUACGAUUGGUGGUAAUUUUUGGUGGUCGGAAUUAUUGGGCUACAAAUUUGGUGCGGCUGUGACGGUGGAUUUGAUUUGGUGGCCGAAAUUUGUGCGCAUCGAGAGGGUUGGGCUGUUGUUGUGGAGGACUGGUGGUCUUGUUAGGAUUGGGGAAGGUGGUUCAGGGGAAGGGGAGGGGCUGGGUGGUUGGACUUUGGGUCAAGAGGGUACCGCGACACCGGGCAGGUCCGCUGGCCGAGUGGGUGGUGGUGGGGUUGCUGCCGGCAAGGGGGGAGGGGUUUUUCCUUUUUUUUGGACCAAUCACGUGUUGACACGUGUCAUGAUAACCUAUUAUAAUAGGUCGUUGACUUAGUGUUGACCGGUUGGGACUAUUGGUAACAAACACAUAGCAUAGUUGGGAUUAUUAAAUAAUAAACCUUAGUUGGGAUUAUUAGUAGUAAAUCGCUCAUAAUUGAGAUUAUUAAAGUACAUUUUUCCUUAAAAAUAAAACUAAAAAGCGUACUAGUAUUUUCCUUUGAAAAAGUAAUUUGUUUUUUUUCCCUCUUCUUUUCCUUUUACAUUUUGUACUUAAAUCAUGUUCUUAUUUGCUUUUUAUGGUGUCAUUAAUUUGUAAUUGUAGGCCAUAAUCUCCAGCUAACAAUCAACACUGUUCAACUUUCAGGGUUCCAGAAAAAACCAAACUUAUUAAACUACUAAUAAGACCAAUACCCAAUCCUAGAUUUGAUUUGUCCACCUUCUAACUUCUUACCUUCCCUUCUCUGCUACUUUGAAUGAUUGUUCAACUUCAAAAAUUAUAGUCCAAUCUUCAAUAUAUAGCCCAAUUCAAGGGUUUGUUUCAUAAUUCAUCUGCAGCAGUUUUGAAGUUUAAUUUUUUCUAAAAAUCUUGUCUUUUCCUUUGUUUAUUUCAUAAGGAAACUUCCAGGUAAAUCCUUCAAAUUUUUGUUUAUAUAUAAGAUAGGUUAUAUGUGUAACACAUCCUCAAUUUGCUGCUCUCUUGCCUUUUUGAUUGUGUUAUCUUGUAUACCCAUUUUUAUCUUUUUGUUCGAUUUGUAAACCCCAGUUGAAAUUGAGACAUUUUUGCAAUUAAUUUGGCUAUUAUUUAUAUCAAAUAGUUGACUUUUGCAGAAAUUUGAAUACCCAAUUGUUGUAACACCAUAUAUGUUCAGUUCCAAGUGUAGUUGAUCAGUGUAAAUAUCAAUUGAAGAUGAGUUUCCGACAUUGAGUCAAUGUCAGUUGCCUUGGUUUCAAUAUCUAGUUGAUCAGUCGAUGAAGAUGUACUUUCAACAUUGAGCAAAUGUCACUUGCAUGUUGUCUGCCUAUAAUUGAAUGUGUAUACUGUUUAGCUUGUGCUAGAUGGGUCUGGAAGCGGUGUAUAUAUGCCGCAGGCCAUGAGAGUGAGGAUUGGGGCCUUGCUACUGCUGAGGAAUUUCAGCCUGUAUCUCGGCUUUGUCGGUAUAUUUUAGCUGUAUAUGAAGAUGAUCUUCGAAAUCCUGUCUGGGCACCCCCAGGUGGAUAUAGAAUGGACCCUGAUUUGGUUGUCCUGAGAAAAGAUUAUGAUGAUACCGGGGGUCGGGUGACUCCCUACAUAGUAUAUCUUGAUCAUGAGAAUGCCGAUGUAGUGCUGGUUGUUAGGGGGCUAACUAUGGGGAGGGAGAGUGAUCGUGCCAUUCUAUUCGAUAAUAAACUAGGGAGGGCACCGUUUGACGGCGGGUAUGUUCAUAAUGGCCUUUUAAAGGCUGCUCAAUGGGUUUUUGACGAGGAGCAUGAGGUGUUGAGGGAUUUGCUUGAGAAGAAUCCUACAUAUACGUUGACGUUUGCUGGUCAUUCAUUGGGUGCUGGAGUAGUCUCCUUGUUGGCACUUGUGGCUGUCCAAAAUCUGGAUAUGUUGGGGAACAUUGAGAGGAAGAGGAUUAGAUGCUAUGCAAUGGCUCCCCCAAGAUGCAUGUCCUUGAAUUUGGCUGUCCGGUAUGCAGAUGUUGUCAAUUCUGUCGUGCUUCAGGACGAUUUCUUACCCCGGACAACUGCCGAUUUAGAAGAUGUUUUCAAAUCACUAAUCUGUUUGCCGUGCUUAUUGUGCGUUAUGUGUUUAAAAGACACAUGCAUGAUGGAGGAGAAGAUGAUAACAGAUCCAAGGAGACUGUAUGCGCCAGGUCGCGUAUAUCACAUCGUGGAGAGAAAGCCCUUUAGAUUUCAAAGAUUUCCUCCAGUAGUGAGAACAGCAGUUCCUGUUGAUGGAAGAUUUGAGCACAUCAUUUUAUCCUGUAAUGCAAUUUCAGACCAUGGAAUCAUUUGGAUUGAAAGAGAAUCCCAAAUUGCUCUUGAUUUGAUGAUGGAAAAUGAUCAUGUCAUGGAGAUUCCACCAAACCAAAGGAUGGAACGACAAGAGAAACUCGCAAGAGAACAUAUACUGGAGUAUAGACAAGCCCUUGAAAGGGCUGUCGCCUUGGAUGUUCCUCACUCCUUCCCACCUUCGCCUUACGGAACCUUCAAUAAUCAUCCUGAGUCAGGGGAAGGAUCGGAUAAAUCAAGUGUAGAAGGAUCAUCGUCAUCAUCCAAGAAGAGGAGAGAGAGCUGGGGUGAUUUCAUUGGGCGACUUUUUGACAAAGAUGAGUCAGGCCAUAUAGUACUUAAAUAAUACAGUAUGUUAUACAAUGCAACUUGCAGAAACCACAAUUGCUUGGCUAUCUCAUUCUUUUAUUAUUCAUAGCUCAUUACAUUGUACAUCGGAACAUUUCCUUCAAUAUUAGUAAAAGGGAUCAUUCUUUUAUCUGAUUAAAAUUUAUAGUGGUCAUUCUUCAUCUCA